CAGUUUGUUCAUUAACAUGAUCUUGAUUCAUUUUGUUCAGUUUAACUGACUGAAACUUGUUCAAUGAAUACAUAUACAUAUAUAAUUUUCUCUUACCCUUUGCUGCAAUAAUUCACACAACAGUGUGUGUGAAAACUGAUGCUUAGUUCUCUUGUACCAAUAUUUGAUCAGUGUCACUUCCUUGUCAGCCUGGGCAGCUUUUCACCAUCUUAUCUGAAACAGUUCAUAGUUUAUUACAUGAAAGGAGACCCAACAGGUGUAACGCAGCAUGAAAAUAGCAUUGAUCCCAGAGAAGGCAUCGAUGAGAAAAUGGAACAUACACUCCUCCAGACAACAAACCAUGAACAUCUCCAUCACCUCCAUCCUGCUCGGUCUGGGGGGGAAAUGUCUGCUCAGCUGGUUGCUGGUGUUUCUCCAGAGGAAGCACAUCUGCAGAAGCUUUAUGGGGGUCUUCAGUGUGUCCCUGUCUGCGGUGGACACGGCCGUGAGCCUCCUCUUCACCACCAUUCACAUCCACGGUGACGGACACCUCAUGCUCUUGGACUUGCGGCUGACCAGAUACCACAUAUGUUUGCUGGUUCAAAUCCAAGGGCAGAUCUACAGUGCUCUGCAGUGGCCUCUUGUGAUCGCAGCAGCUUUGGACCAAUUCUGCACCAUUUCACUGCAACCUCUCCCCUCCAGGGCAAAAUGGAUUGUGCACUCGUUUGUGACCGUCCUCCUGUGGCUCCUCACUGCUCUCUACGUCUUCCUGCUGUCUGACUUUGUUCCCGUCCUGGAGGAUGUGUCUCACCACCUGCUGCAGCAGUGCUGGGUGUUUCACGCCGCCCAGAUCCUGCAGGUCAUCACCUUGCUUUUCCUGACUCUGGGCUGCGCAGCGCUGCACGCUGUGUGCAGCACACGAUUAUUAGAAAAGCCUCCUGUGAAAGAGCAAAUCACAGACCACAGCAGAACUCACAGCAGGAGAAGUGUCGCUUGCCAAGUCCUGUGUAUAUUUCUGAACACUUGGGCGCCUCUCCUGAUUUUUCUGGCCGUGCUUCUCCUGCUCCCCCUGGGAAUACCGUCAUACCUGGGUCUGAAUGUGGCCUGGCUCUGCUUCCUAAACAGCUUUUUGAUGGUGGUCAUUUCAUGUGUAGUCUGUCCAGCCUCACAGUUGGCACAAAGUGUGGCGGCAGUGCCAGCUGACAGCUUGUGUGAGUGGAGGUUUAAUUUUAGCUUGGCUGCAGAGAGAGAGAGGGACACAGCAUGACUACACAAACCACUUUUAUGUAGGACACGCGGUAGACGAAAUCAAGUAAUACGAUGAAAUCUGUGGUCUGGUGAUGUCUUUUGGUCACUCAGUCCAACACUGACUGAAAUAUCUCAUCAACUAUUUAACGGAUUAGCGUGAAAAUAUAAGAUAAGUGGAUUUUUGGUAAUCUGAACAGUUCCGUUUGGUACAGUGUGGUACAAAUGUUUUUGCAUUUCCGUACUAAAAUAACUGAUCCCAACCGCUCCAUCCUUCCCUUGGGGUACCGGAAUAAAAAGGUACAGCAUGGUUAGACUGGCUCCACCCAACUGUCAGCCGAUUGGGUGACAGAAAAACUUAAAUAUCCACAUUCUCUAUUCUCAUACAAAGCUUGAAGUCUUGUUGAGACAAACAGCCACAAACCAAAGCAGGUGGAUGCAAAAAAGAGCUGCUGGAUUUUCGAAUCUCUCUGAUGCAGCCAUCGAAAAAACACAGGCCUGUACCAUUCAAAACCGUACUGUACCAAGCUGGAAACACAGACACUGACCUUUCAACAACUACAGCUUUUCCUUUUAAAUGAUUUAAACAGAAAAGCAAAGGUAUUACUGACUCUAUUACACAAGCGGUCACUAGAAUGGAAGCAGUGGAGGUAUCGACUGAAAUGCUUCACAUGUAAAUCGUUGUCAUGCGUCGCCAGACUGCGGUAACCAGCCAUUCAAAUCGUGUAAGGAAAAUAUUCCCCAACACAGGCACGAGCCAGUGGUGUCACAUUUAAAUGUUUAUGCAACGUACAAAUGGAGCUUUUCAGAGAAGCCACCAACGACGGACAUCGACUGAGCGACAUUAGCAACCAUUGCUAGCAAAUGCACCCUGACAGAACUGUGCUCUAAAGUCAGUCAGGCAGGAGGAAGUACUGAACAAGUCUUUUUAAUGAACUGAUUCUAGUCACUAGUUUGUCUGUGUGUGUGUGUGUCAU